CGCGCGCGACCGAGCCUCUCGCGGACGCGCUCGCGGCGACUCCGACUCCGCGCACGCUCGCGCUCGCUCGCACGGAGACGCGCGCGGCGGACGAAGCGAAGCGAAGCAUCGCGCGCCGCCCUCGGUCCCGUCCGCACGCGGCGCGUCGACGGACGCGGCGAGGAUAAAAAGCACGCGCAUCGCCGGGCGCGUCGCCGGACGAUAGAUCGAUCCUGAACGCGCGACGAAGCGAAGCGCCCCGCCGCCGCCGCCGUCCGUCCGUCCGUCGCGAUGAAACACUUAGACCACACGACGUACGCCAAGCGCGAGGAGACCGCGCUCGAGCACGCGGUCGAGGAGCACUGGGACGAGGGCUGUACCCUCCUCAAGCACCUCCCAAAGGCGAAAGGCCAAUCAGAUGCGUUCUUUCCGUUGCUCGACGACGCCGUCUUCGUCGGACACAUCAUGACCGACCUCGACAGCAUCGCGGGCGCGAUCGGCGCGGCGGAGCUGUACGGCGGCGUCCCCGCGCGCGCGAGCGAGAUCAACACGGAGACGCAGUUCGCGCUCGAGCACUGGGGCGUAGAUUUGCCGCCGCCCGUGGAGGACCUGCUCGCGGAGAGGCCCGACCGAAACGUGUGCCUCGUCGAUUUCCAGCAGCAGUCGCAGCUGAAUCCGGCGAUCCCGAUGGCGAACAUCGUGGGCGUGAUCGACCACCACGCGCUGCAGAGCAACACGAUCGUCACGGAGAAGCCGAUAUUCGUGGACAUCCGACCGUGGGGGUGCAUGUCUUCCAUCGUCGCGCACACCUACGCGGUGAACGAAAAGUUUUUACCCAAGCCCAUCGCGGGGAUGCUGCUCAGGCGCGUCCCAUCUCACACUGGUCCCCAUACGACCGCGUCGGCGUGGUGA